AUAUAGAAAUUUAUACAUGUAUGUUGAAUUUCACAUUAGUUUCUCUUGUUUGGGGGUGAAGGGUAUGUAGAAUUUUAUGUAUGUUAGAUUUUCCGAAUUUUGAAUUUUUAUUCAAUGUAAAGGGACGGUGAAAGUGUUGGACUUUAAAGUGUGACAGAUAGUUGUUUGGUUUAUUAUAUUUUUGUGGCAAAUUGGAAGUGAUGCAUAUUCACCUGUUGAGUGCAAUGUAAUAAUAAUUUAUGAGGAAAUGUUUGCAACAUUUAUAACAAGUUGGGGUCAAGAAGUGUGAAGAAUCAGUCCCGUAAAUAUAGGUCAUGGUUUAGUUGAAUUACCGGAUGGUGGAGUAUGCCUGUCGGAUUCCAUCAUGAAAAAGAAUUCUGAGCAGAAUCGUUUUGGAGCUGUAUUCAACAAGCUGUUGAGCCAGAUUGGGGAACCUGUUGACUUUGAGCUUCCAGAAUGGGUUAAGAUCAGAACAACACAGUACACCCAUAUUAAGCGCAAUAUAUAUCUCACCAAGAAGAACAAGAGAAAGUUUGAUCAUGGCAUAUUCUGUUCCUGCGAACCAUCAUCUGAAUCUACUGGUGUAUGUGGAAGAGAUUGCCACUGUGGGAUGCUUCUGUCUAGCUGUUCUUCAGCCUGCAAAUGUGGGAUCUCGUGUCUCAACAAAGCUUUUCAGAAUCGUCCUGUGAAAAAGAUGAAGUUGGUUAAGACUGAAAAAUGUGGUUCUGGAAUUGUGGCGGAUGAAGAUAUCAAGCUUGGGGAAUUUGUCAUUGAAUAUGUUGGAGAAGUCAUCGAUGACAAAACAUGCGAACAGAGGCUUUGGAAUAUGAAAGAUCGUGGGGAAACAAACUUUUACUUAUGUGAAAUCACUCGAGAUAUGGUGAUAGAUGCAACUAAUAAGGGAAACAAAUCAAGAUAUAUCAAUCAUAGCUGCUGCCCGAAUACUGAGAUGCAGAAAUGGAUAAUAGAUGGCGAAACCAGAAUUGGCAUAUUUGCAACUCGUGACAUACAGAAGGGCGAGCAUCUGACUUAUGACUACCAGUUUGUUCAAUUUGGUGCAGAUCAAGAUUGCCACUGUGGCGCUGUUCAGUGUAGGCGUAAACUGGGUGCGCGCCCUACCAAGCCUAAAGUGUCUUCAGAUGCUGCAGUAAAAUUAGUUGCAUAUCAGCUUUGUCAGAAUGGAGGCAUGCAAGGUGUGCAUAUUGGAAGUUCUCGGAUUUUUGAUCAAUCAAAAUGCUUACACAAUUGUGUUGAUGAAGUAAUCAUGAUAAAACAACUUGGAAAUGUGAGAUUUGGGAUUAUUAAAUGGUUUGACGAAUAUUCCCGAAAACACAAGAUCAUGUUUGAGGAUGGUGGUGUUGAAAUUUGUGACAUGUCAAAAGAAGAUUGGGAACUAGUGAGAUUGUGAUGCAACUAUUAGGCAGGAAUCACUUUCAUAGGUGCAGGGUGAAGGAAGUAAAAAUUGGAGACACUAUUCUUUCAUUGCAUGUGCAUAGUUCUUGUACUAAUAUCAAACAGAAUAUGAAGGAUACAUCAACACAAGUCACAUUGAUUGAAAUUUCAAAGCAAUAAUGUU